AUGGCACCGAUUCUGUUGAAGAGGCCAUGUACUGAGAUAUCGCAGGCACCUAUUAAAUCUUUGAAAUCCUCCCACUCAAUAUGCACUUGUAAAGACGUCGUUGAACUCGACCUGGGCCAUUCCUGGUCUCGCCUUCGAGAGGCUCAGGCGCUGACGUCGAUUUUGGGCACUGAUUUGUUGAAAGCAGCAUGGAUCCUGACUCUUGGUCGCUUCCUGCCAGAAGAUGUCGCAACAUUGAGUUAUGAAGACGACUCAUUCUCGAGAUUCGAGCUGCCUGCUAUUUUCACAGUGCGGGUGGACCCAGAUUGGGACGUACAGACACUGCUCGACAAGCUCGAGGUCCAAAAGGCCGGUGGAGCAUCGUCUGAGUGCAAUGGAACUCAGAUCGCUAAGCCUGGGUACUCUGCAGCUUCCUGUACUUCUUCGCUCAUAUACACGACGACUUCGGGCUUAUGUUUGGCUCGACCAAGCUCGGGUAGUGAAAGUCUCAAGCUUGCCAUCAUUCAGCACGAUGAUCGAAUACUCGCUAGGAUCAAGAACCCGCAAAUGGGCGCAAGCUCUCUGAAUACAAGCAUGCUCUGGACCUUCCAGCACGUUCUACGUCAGCUUACGACGAAUCCAGCUACCCUCAAACUCGAGGAGAUCGACUACUGCUCAGACUUUCACAGGCAGGUCCUCAAGGGCUUGACAGAAGCAAAAUCAGCCGGUAGUUUCCAUUGUCUGCACGAUUUGAUCGUGGAGAAUUGCCGACGACAUCCAACAAGGCCUGCGGUGCGUUCAUUUGACGGCGACCUGACCUACCAGGAGUUAGACAACUUGUCACUCCGACUAGCACACCAUCUCACAAGCCUGGGUGUACAGCCCGAAUCAUUUGUUCUUAGCAGUUUCCAAAAGUCAACAUGGGCAAUUGUCGCUCGAUUGGCCAUUCUGCGGGCUGGGGGAGCCUACAUCUCGAUCCACUCUAGCAAUCCCCCAGCCUACCUCGACUCUGUCAUCCAGCGCACCAGUGCAAAGAUCAUGUUGAGCGAUCCUACGUAUGCGGACCACUUCCGCGAUAAAAUAGAAACGGUCGUUACUAUCACUCCUGAAUGGCUAGAGACGCUUCCUCUGGAGCCUGAAUCUUCCUCGCUGCCGGUAGUUGAGCCCUCCAACGCCUGCACGGUGCUUUUCACCUCUGGCAGCACCGGUAAGCCCAAGGCCAUUGUACAGGAGCACAAGUCGUACGCCUCCGCCAUUCACGACUACGCAAGAAACUUGGGCCUGGAUCAAGAUACCAGGUUUCUGCAUUUUGACGACUACGCGUUUGACAUUAGCAACCUGGAGUUCUUGGUUCCUCUCAUUCUCGGAGGCUGCUGCUGUGUGCCGGGGCCGAUGAAAUCGGUUCAGGACCUGGCCGACAAUAUUAAAAGUCUGAAUGCCAAUAUUGCGUUCCUGACACCCACCGUCGCUAUAAAGGCAACUCCACAAGCAAUGAGCAGUCUCAAGAUUCUUUGCGUCGGUGGAGAGCCUCUCCCGAAAGACCUUUUGAACAACUGGGCUCACAGCUCGACAAAGUUGGUCAACCAGUUUGGGAUGGGUGAAGCAGCAGUUUGCUGUGCAUACAACGACAAUGUACAUGCUACUAGUAGUGCACCGGCUACUAUUGGCCAGCCGUCCAGCGGUCCUAUCUGGCUUAUUGACCCAACCUGCCCAGAAAAACUGGCCCCAGUCGGUGCCAUUGGUGAGAUUGUUAUUGAAGGACCUCAUCUUGCAAGAGGAUAUCUUGAUCAGAAUCAUCAGGCAUCGGACCGAACGAAACCAGCCGGCUUCUUGGAGUCGAUCCCACGUUGGUUAACCCAGCUCCAUCCAGAGCGACAAUCUGCUCGCCUGUAUCGAUCGGGGGACCUAGCACGAUACACGCAGGAUGGACUGAUUGAGUAUAUCGGGCGAAAAGACACGAUUGUAAAGCUCGAUGGAUGUCGGAUCGACGUGGUCGAGGUCGAGCACCUUGCAAGGAAAUGUCUUACGUCCAAAGAUGCCAUUGUGGUAGACCUACUCGGUGUCAUUGAUGGUAAACAGGGACCUUGUCUAGCCGCCUUUUUGUAUCUCAACGACCACCCAGACAGCUCUGAGACGGAAGGCCUGUCUCUCAAAGACGCAAGUCAAGACCAGAGUGCUCUUCAGAAAGUGGACCAAAUCAAGGAAUCUCUCGCCGUGUUCCUCCCCACUUAUAUGAUUCCAACGUUAUUCUUGCUAGGUACGCGGGUUCCUCGCACGCCCUCAAAAAAGACUGACCGCAGGAUGAUCCGACUGGUUUCACAUCAGUUCUACGCUCAAAUGUGUGAAGAAAGCAGCUCGUCGUCUGAAGACUCAGACCUUCUUCCACCAUGA